UUCUCAACGGCGCCAUUGACUGCUUUCCCAGACCUUUCCUCAUAAACCUCCUCACAAAAUCCAUGAUUAGAAUCGUAAAUUGAUUCUCAGAGUGCUGAGAUUCUGAUUGAUCCUCUGAAGACGAUGCAAUUUUGUUCGAACCGGAAGUAGAAAACAGGAAUUUCAAACCCUAUGACGAUGAGGUCAUCUUCCGGAACAAUCAAUGUAGCUGCCAGCGCACAGAAGAUAAAUGUUGAUGAUCGAAUUUCCCUCCGUUACUACUACCGGAUCGCCGAUAACAUUCUCCGACAGGCUGCUAUCUUCCGAGAAGAGAAGAAUAUCAUCGAUCUAUACGUCAUGCUUCUAAGGUUUUCAAGUUUGGCUACGGAAACAAUACCAUUCCAUCGAGAUUAUAGAGCAUCUCUUCAGAGAGAUAAGCUUUCUCUCAAGAAGAAAUCAUUGAGUGCUCUAACUGAGCUGGAGGAUUUGAAGCCGGCUGUACGACAGAAGAUUGAUGAUUUAUCCAGAAAACAUGCAUAUCAAUCAAAUGGGUGGAGUCAUCUUCCUCAAACAAAUUUGUUGGAAUCAUCAAAACCUUUACCAGAGAGAUCUUCUGUUAGGAAGCAAACCUUGAUGAACAGUUAUAGCAUUGAUAAGCAGGCACCACAAGUUAAUGCUAAUGGGUAUGUGUAUCAAGAUACUCGGAUUCAGAUGAACGCACAUGCUAAUCCUCUGGAAGAGCAAGCUAGGCGAUUAUAUCUGAAUAUUCCUCGUGCAAAGGAGGAAACUCUCUCCAGACAUUCUAUUUUGGGCCCAAAUGGACUUCGUGGGCAAUGGCAAGCCCCUAGCAUCAAUAUUGGGGUUCGUUAUCCGAGCAAUAUAGAUUUGACACCCGUUGAAAUCCCCAGGGAGAACAAGCUGCAUCUUGUGGAGGAUGGUGUUUUGAUUGAAAAAAUUAGUAGCAACUUGGAGCAAGAAAAAUCAACUCUAGAAUCUAUUACUUUACCAAACAAUAACAAUCAGCCAUGUGUUGACGAACCUGAUUCCUUGAUUUCGUUUGAGGAAAAACUAGAAACCCCGAAGUUGGACAUAAUAAGACAGCCUUCCCCACCUCCUGUUCUAGCAGAGGUCCAAGAUUUGCUUCCUACAACCUCACCACUGGUCAAGGAUACGGGGCCUGGAUCUGGAAAUCCCACUGAUGGUGUUGUUUCUCCCCUUGAGUUACACAUAUCCACAAAACUGAUGGACCACUUCAUGAAAUUGGCAAAGUCAAAUACAAACAAAAAUUUAGAGACAUGUGGUAUUCUUGCUGGAUCACUUAAAAACCGAAAAUUCUAUGUUACAGCACUCAUCAUUCCAAAGCAAGAAGCAACAUCGGAUUCGUGUCAGGCUACCCACGAGGAGGAAAUAUUUGAAGUGCAAGACAAACGAUCGCUAUUCGCCCUUGGAUGGAUACAUACGCAUCCAACACAAUCUUGUUUCAUGUCAUCUAUUGAUGUUCAUACACACUACGCAUAUCAGAUUAUGUUGCCGGAGGCCAUAGCAAUCGUCAUGGCACCAAGAGACAGUUCAAGAACUCAUGGCAUCUUCCGUUUGACGACACCUGGUGGCAUGGGAGUCAUUAGAAAUUGUCCUCAUCGGGGUUUCCAUGCACACGAUGCACCUUCAGACGGCAAUCCAAUUUAUAAACAAUGUACAGAUGUUUAUAUUAACCCGAAGUUGAAGUUUGACGUGAUUGAUCUGCGGUGAUCUCCUACAGACGCCAAAGGGUACGUAUUUCGUCCUGAUGCAAAUACUUUGUAUAUACUGAAGAAUUUACAAAGAAACAUUUCCAUUGACGAUCUGAAAACUGAAAUCAGAAUGCUCGUCUUUGAGCGAAAGACUUUGAGAAUUUUUCUUAGGGAAGAAACAAUUCCAGUGAUAUUUGGAAAAGAAAAUCAACUUUGAAGAUGCAUGUAAUUUUGCAUCGAAAUUUAUAUUGCAAUUAUGGGUUGAAAUACCGGUCUGUAAUCGACUUAUUACUUUGUAUAUAUUGUGUGGGAUUUACCGCUUAUUUUUUGUUUGAAGGUCCAAUCAAUUCUCGAGAGUUGAUCCAUC